AUGGCAAUGGACAUUGAACUGGCCAAAUGUGAGUGUUGUGGAUUGAAAGAAGAUUGCACCCAAGACUAUAUCAGUGAGGUGAAGGAAAAAUUUGAUGGCAAAUGGCUAUGUGGGUUGUGCUCAGAAGCUGUGAGAGAUGAAGUUAACAGAGGUAAGAAGUCAUCUGGUGUGGAAGAAGCUGUGAAGGCUCACAUGUCAUUUUGCCGAAAAUAUAAAUCGAAUCCGGCAACUCGGGUUGCCGAUGGGAUGAGGCAGAUGCUAAGGAGAAGAUCCGGCGAUACCUCGUCAUCAUCGAAUACUUCUGCUAAGAAGUACUCAAGAUCAGCAAGCACAUCCCAAGUAGGAGAUGACUCGUACUUCUCUUAUUACUAG